GCCCCAGUGGGAGGCCAGCAUCCUCAGAUUCACCUGCCUUGGACUUAACCCAAGCAUGGCUGAUGACCUUCCACAUAUUAAGAGGUCGAGUCAGGGUGGAUCACAAGGUUAGCAGGCCCUGGGAAAGAAGUCUUUUCAUCCCAACGCUCCAUCUCUUCCGACCCACGGGAAGGUGGUGGGAGCUCAUCACAGGACCAGGUUAGAAAGCCCUGAACUCUGGACCCUCUGGGCCAGCAGGAAAUGCAGAUGUCAUCUCAUGCACCCUUCCUGCCUAUUGGGACUGGAGUCCCUUCAGAGUGCUUAAGAGAUGGCCCUCCAGCCUCCCAGUGAGGGGCAGCUCAUUACCUUGGAAGCAACCCAUUCCAUUGCUGGACUGAAAUCUGUCAACAGUCCUAGUGCCGGGCUUAGCCCUUUGUUCUGUUCAUCCCUCCCCUAACACUCAUCACUCCACCCAUCCAGAGAUCAAAGUACCUCUGCUCAAGCUGGACUGAGAUAGGAGGUCGGGAGGAUGUGAUGGGGUGGUUCAGAAGAAUAGACAGAUUUCCAGCCUUUAUGAAAUGGAGAUGCUCUCAUCAGGCUUCUGUUGAAUUCUCAGAGCCCCAGGAAUGCCUUUAUCCAAAGACACUCCAGAUAUACACUCCAAAACUAAAGAGAAUUGAUUUGUGGAUUCUCUGAUGUUUGGAUUAUCUGUGACUUGGGAUAAUCACAAGUUGGCCUGAUGGUUUGUGACUCUGGUUUGAAGUGGAGGGAAGGAGGAAAUAUCUGAAAUGUGAACCAGCUGGAGCUGGGCAGAUGCUACUGAUCCCAAGGUCAUAGUCCUGCUGAAGGCGAAGAAAGCAAGGACUCGGCAAGGCAUGGGGUGGGCUGUGGGGAGGGAGUACCUGGUAUUUCACCUUUGGCUGGUGGGGCCAAGUAUUCCCUAAUCCCUGCCACUGUCUACCCCACGGCACAGGGAUCUUUGAAACCCCAAGGCUGCAAGCCCUCAUGGGCAGCCAACCGCCCUCCCCUGGGGCCGCCCUUCCCCCAGCCUGGGACAGGCUCUCCAGGGCUGACUCAGGGUCCUGUGGGGUUAGUCAUAUUCGCUUAUAGCUGCAGAGUCAGAGGCCAAGGAUGGAGAUCGGACCAGCUGGGCACUAGCACCCUGGCUGUUGAAGGCCAGUCGGGGUGAUAGAUGAGGGAGUGACUCCUCAAGGGGCCCUUGUGGUUCCAGGACCCGCUCCCUGCCUGGCAAGACCUGGAGUCACAUAGCAGAGGGCAAGGGCAUCCAGAGAGGGCCAGAUCCAGAGGCUCCCAGGCCCUGCACUGCCACUCCCCAGCCGAGACAGCAGGGUUGAGAGGCAGCGACACCCUGGUGUCCCCAGUCCCCAGGAAAGGAAAGAGCAUGCAUGCUGCUGAGGGCCCUGAAUAAAUCACAUUUACUUAUUUUUAAAUUGUGAGCACAUCUUACAUGCUAAAGUGCAUAGAUGUAUUUGAUUUGAAGAAUGACUAUGUAGUGAGAACCUGUGUAACCACCAUCCGGGUCAGGAAAGGAAAUCUCAUUAGCACCCCUGCAGCCAUCAUGAUCACAUACACCCUGUUCCUCCACCUAGAGGUCAUCGCCAUACCAACUUUUGUACUGGCCUCAUCUUCCUUUCUGGCCUUACCACCUACGGAUGCACCUUGAAGAAGAGAGCCCAGUGUUGACUGCAUUUGGAUUUAAUGUAGAUGAGACAGAUGAGAUGCACCAUUUCUGUGUGCCUUGCUCUUCUGCUCAUCACUGGGUCUGUGAGUAGCUGAAGUUGCUCAUUUGACCCCAUGCUUUGCUUUAUAUUUGCAUAAACACUCCACAGUUAUUUAUCUGUCACACUGUUGAGGGACAGCUGUUUCCCCCACAUUUGACAAUUACAAAUAGCAUUACCAUGAACCUUCUUCUUCACGGCUCCUGGGGCAGGUGUGGGUGUUAUAUGAGUGGCACAGCUGGGUCACGGAGUAGGCACCUCAUCCAUUUUACUAGGCACUAGUAAAACUCUCACAUUUUCCAGAGUGACUGCUCCAACACCAGCAAUAAAAGUUCUUAAUGCUCUCCCUCCUUCCUGACACAUGGUGUUUUCUGGCUUUCCAGUGAUUCCCAGUCUUAACAUUUUAUUGAAUAAAUGAAUCAACAACUAGAAAUCUGGCCAUAUCUGUCUCCUUUGGCACACUGAGAAAGCCCGUGCCCACAGCCUGCUUGGAAGAGUCUAGAAGCUUCAGAGUGCUCUCCUCCACUGGGGCGUCUUCAAGAUCUGCCUACAACUGUACCCCACCCCGAAGGGCAAGGGUUUCUCUGUAAUAGGUGGAAAACUGAGGCCCACAACAGGCAUCAGGGGAGACCAGCUCCUUACCACCUGCCCAACAGAGACAGGAGCCAGGGGACUAGUCCCCCUUUCCGGGGUUCCAAUGCUGGAGGACCAUCCUCCGAGCAGCUCCACCCUCAGCAUCUCAAUUCCCUCUCUCUCUAGGGCCCUCAGCCUCAUACAGAACAAGCAAGAGUCCCUGGGAACUGUGGGAGCCCGGGAAAUGCGGGCCCCAGAGGCAAAGCUGGGAGUGCUCACAAGGAAGACUAUUCCAAACUCUCAGGGCCCCAGCACCCAGUCUGAGAAGCUCUGGGCACAAGUGGCUCCAUAGAGGCCAGACACACAGAGCCUGAGCUGGGCUCAUUCUCCAGAUAGAAGUUCUUCCUCCCAUUGCCCUGACACCUGGCACACAGCCUGCUUGCUGUCCCAUCUCACCCAUCUGCACCCUCCCCCAGCUGGGCACCAGCACCCUGGCUGUUGAAGGCCAGUUGGGGUGAUGGAUGAGGGAGUGACUCCUCAAGGGGCCCUUGUGGUUCCUCCCCCAGAGCUAUUCCUGGCCUGGGCGCCUCUCCACCCUCCAGUCCUCCUGCUUGACCUGACCCCACAGCUGGGAAUCGUUUGCUGGGGGUGGGGCAGCCCCUGACUAUAUAAGCCUGGACCUAGGUGUCCCGGGCACCCUAGAGGCCCAGGUCCCCCAACGGCUGACCCCUGCACACUCCAGCCUGGCCCCCCAGCCAGUCCAGCAAUGAUGGAGAAAACCACCUCCAAGGACCCUGCCUGCAGUACAGAAGAGACCGCAUCUGAAUCUGCCAAGGUGCCCACCGCAGAGCCUCCCCGAGAAGUGGCAGUAUCAGAGUCCACCGGGGAAGAGCGGGUGCCCAAGCCGCAGGCCCCUGCCCCUCAGGCCCCUGUAGCCCCCACAACCACUAAGCCUGCACCCCCAAGUGAAGAUGUCCCCAGUGCCCCACUGCUGCUGACCCUGGAGGAUGUGAGCAACAGCUCUGUGACUGUGAGCUGGGAGCCCCCAGAGAGCCUGGGGAGACUGGGCCUCCAGGGCUAUGUGCUGGAGCUCUGCAGAGAGGGAGCCUCGGAGUGGGUGCCUGUGAGUGCCCGGCCCAUGAUGGUGACCCAGCAGACCGUGCGGAACCUGGCUCUGGGAGACAAGCUCCUCCUGCGGGUGUCUGCAGUGAGUUCUGCAGGAGCUGGCCCGCCGGCCAUGCUGGACCAGCCCGUCCACAUCCGAGAGAAUAUCGAGGCCCCCAAGAUCCGUGUCCCCCGCCACCUCCGUCAGACCUACAUCCGCCAGGUGGGAGAGACGGUCAACCUGCAAAUCCCCUUCCAGGGGAAGCCUAAGCCUCGGGCCACAUGGACCCACAACGGCCAUGCCCUGGACAGCCAGCGGGUGAGCGUGCGCACUGGGGACCAGGACUCCAUUCUCUUCAUUCGCUCGGCCCAGCGCUCUGACUCGGGCCGCUACGAGCUCACCGUGCACGUGGAAGGCCUGGAGGCCAAGGCAGCCAUUGACAUCCUGGUGAUUGAGAAACCUGGACCUCCCAGCAGCAUCCGGCUCCUGGAUGUCUGGGGCUGCAACGCUGCUCUUCAGUGGACGCCACCCCAGGACACAGGCAACACAGAGCUCCUGGGCUACACGGUGCAGAAGGCAGACAAAAAGACAGGGCAAUGGUUCACAGUGCUGGAGCGCUACCACCCAACCACCUGCACCAUCUCUGACCUCAUCAUCGGCAACUCGUACUCCUUCCGGGUCUUCUCAGAAAACCUAUGUGGACUCAGCGCCUCAGCCACCGUCACCAAGGAGCUCGCCCACAUCCAGAAGGCAGAUAUUACUGCCAAACCUAAAGGGUUUAUUGAGCGAGACUUCUCAGAAGCCCCCUCAUUCACCCAGCCCCUGGCUGACCACACCUCCACCCCUGGCUACAGCACCCAGCUGUUCUGCAGUGUCCGAGCUUCACCCAAGCCCAAGAUCAUCUGGAUGAAAAACAAGAUGGAGAUCCAGGGCAACCCCAAAUACCGCGCCCUCUCUGAGCAAGGCGUCUGCACCCUAGAGAUCCGGAAACCCAGCCCCUUUGAUUCUGGGGUCUACACCUGCAAGGCCAUCAACGUGCUGGGGGAGGCAUCUGUGGACUGCCGGCUGGAGGUCAAAGCCUCAGCCACGCACUGAAGAGCCACAGGAGGAGGCUGUGAUGAGGAGCCAGGUAAAUGGCCUGACCCACCCCCUCUGUUACUCUGCGGGUGGCACGGAAGCAGAGAGGAGGCCGGGAGCAGGGGGUGGGAGUGAGAAGGGAAGGUGGUGGUCAGCUCUGGGAACAAACUUGAGGACACAGGCAACUAGCACGCAUCUCCAGAGACUCGCAGUGAUGUUGCAGGGCCAGGCGAUGCCGGUGUGGUCCGGAAGGGGGUUGAUUCCAUGGACCGCCACAUGACCAGAGUCUACUCCCAGCUCUGAGUGACCUUCAGCAAAGGUGUUCUGUUUGGACACAUUUCCUCAUCCGAAAACUGGGGAUAACAACCUUUCCCUGCCUUCCCUCCCCUGGUGGUGGUUCUGAGGCUCUGCAUAAGUACAGAAGUAUCUAGAACUGCAGUGGGCAGAGUUCAGACCUGGGCUUGGUCCUGAGGGAGGGAGGCCUGGUGAGAAAGAGGGUGCUGCUCCCCCUCCCCUCUCUGCACCUCUCUGGCCUGCAGCUGAGGUCUGUUCACACUAGGGGCUCAGGAAGCAUGUCCUCCUCCAGGUGCUGCAGGCCUGAAGGGUCAGGUCCGUCAGGCCCACAGUCAAAUUCCAGAGAUGUCCAAGACCCCCACUUCCAUAGCGACAGCUGAUGGAACUGCCCCUGGUACCUGCUGGCCUCCCUCCCACAGAGGCUGUUGUCCAGAACUCAGGACUGGGCCUGGUAGGCCCCGGGCCAGGCUAUCUGGGCUCAAGGGGUGCUGGAAGGCACAGAGAUUGGAGUGCCCUGUGGAGUUGCACUCUGGGUGGGAAGCACUCCAAUAAAGAUGCGUGGUGUUACAGUG